CCGGGGGAACGAGAUUGUGGAAAGUUGUCACUUGUCUAUCGUUUGCAUCUUCCCCACAGGAUGAGAACCGGAGAUACACAGACUCCUCUGUAAUUCCUUGGUUCAUCAGACGCCAGUAACUAAUUCUUAUCAAAAUGCCAUCUCCUCAAGUCCUGCAGCCUGUACUUAAAAUGAAAGUGGAUGAGCUGUUUCUCACCUGGUUGAGUGAGCCUGCAACACAGUCACUACUUAAAGAUUAUCUUGACCAGAUCAAAAGUGGGCAACGCAUUGAUUUUAGCAAUGGGGAUGCCAAGGAAAAAAGGUUGCUGAGCUUCAAUGAGAACAACAAUGUGGCAUCCCAGAAACACCUGGCAGAGAAGAAGCCUGCUCCCCUCAGUACUCCCUCCAGUCACCCCUCUGCCAGUACGCUGCCCUCUGGUAGCAGCAGUAAUACCAGGGUGAGCGGACCCAGUGGAAGAGUACUGCGAAGAUCUGUUAGCACAAAGAAGGCUCAGGUGAGAACGGAGGAGCCCGUCACCACAGCGCUGAGUGAAAGCAUUCCAAAGUUUUACUUCCCACAGGGCAGGCCUCAAGCCAAUCUCAACAUUGACAGCCUCAUUUCCAAAAUUGAGAAAAUAUUUUCGCAGUUUCCAAAUGAAAGGGCCACCAUUGAGGACAUGGGGCAGGUUGCCAAGGCCUGUGAGUGUCCUCUCUACUGGAAAGUGCCAUUGUUCUGUUUGGCUGGAGGCGACAGGACGGGCUUCGUGUCCGUUCACAAGUUUGUGGCGAUGUGGAGAAAAACGCUGCAGACCUGUCACGAUGACGCUUCUAAAUUUGUGCACCUCUUGGCCAAGCCUGGCUGUAAUUACCUGGAACAAGACGACUUUAUUCCAUUCCUGCAGGAUGUGGUGAACUCACAUGCAGGCCUGGCCUUUCUUAAGGAGGCACCAGACUUUCACUCAAGAUAUAUCACCACGGUGAUCCAGAGGAUAUUUUACAAUGUGAACCGGUCAUGGACUGGAAAAAUAACAUGUUCUGAACUCAGAAAAAGUAACUUCCUCCAGAAUGUAGCGUUAUUGGAGCAGGAAGAAGAUGUGAACCAGCUGACAGAGUUCUUUUCCUAUGAACAUUUCUACGUAAUUUACUGUAAAUUCUGGGAGCUGGACACCGACCACGACCUCUACAUCGACCAGAAGGAUCUGGCACGGCACAAUGACCAAGCCAUUUCCCAUAAGAUGAUUGAGAGAAUAUUUUCAGGAACAGUAACAAGAGACAGACGGGUGUAUAAGGAGGGACGGCUGAGUUACGCUGAUUUUGUCUGGUUCCUCAUCUCCGAAGAGGAUAAAAAGACAGACACCAGUAUAGAGUACUGGUUCCGCUGUAUGGACCUGGACGGGGACGGGGUCCUCAGCAUGUACGAGCUGGAGUACUUCUACGAAGACCAGUGUCAGAAGCUGGAAGCCAUGGCCAUCGAGCCCCUUCCCUUUGAAGACUGCCUCUGCCAAAUGCUCGACCUCAUCAAGCCCGAGGUCGAAGGAAAAAUCACCCUGCGGGAUCUAAAGAGGUGCAAGUUGUCCCACAUAUUCUUUGACACGUUCUUCAACAUCGAGAAGUAUCUGGACCACGAGCAGAAGGAUCCAUUCUCUGUAAUAAGGGAGGUGGAGGCGGACGGCCAGGAGAUGUCCGACUGGGAGAAGUACGCCGCAGAGGAGUACGACAUCCUUGUGGCUGAAGAGGCCGCCAACGAUCAGUGCAAUGACGUGUAUGAUAAUCCUUUGAGCCCUCUAGGGCAACACAUCACAGACGAGCUGGGGCUGACAAAGAGACACUUCUUCGAGAUCCCCAGCCCACACUGCAACCUGGAUCUGGACGAAUACGAAUAUGAAGACGACUUCGAAUGACCCACCACCCUUGCGGCAUUUUCUGCCAGCCGAGCACCGUGCACUCCCUGAAACCGAGCUCAGACGCGCCGGUCCAACCCCAGCUCCCAUCCUGCUCAACGGGAUCCACGUAACCAAGCGGAAAGUGAGCGCAAAAAAACCAGAAGGCGGUGGGAUCAGAUGUGCUGUAAACAGCUUGAGAAAUGGUGUUAAUACACAUUUGACUAACACGAAAUGUGAAGCAGAUUUAAAAGUAGCUGGAGCAGAAGGUAGUUCCUCCCGCUGCCAGAUGUUUUAAUACUCUAAGCCACACAUUGUAGAUCUUUCCCACAUGUUUACACCAAGAGACGUUGUGUUUUGCAUGUAAUGCUGUGCCAACGGUCAGGUUUGGGGGUGGGUAUCGUGCCAUGUAAACAUCAGAAUUAUCAUAUUCACAUAAGCUACAUCAUGUCACACACUGGAGUCACAAACAGAUAAAUCGUUCAGGUUUUGAUUCGAUGAUUAUUUGAAGUCAUUGGCGAAUCGUACAUUCCAGUGAUCAGAACUGAAGGUUCUCUAGAAAACUCUAAGUUCAGUUACUGUAAAUGCCAAAAACGUCACGGACGAGCCUGCUGUAAACACAAAGCACAGUUCAUACACAGCGAAUGUUGUACAGCUCUGUUUCAUGAUGACAUGGACAUAUGUGUGAGAUGGGUUAUACAUUUUUAGAGCUGAGUUUCUAAUAGCUGUAAAUAUUUAUUUGGUGCUUGCUGUGUUGUAAAUGAUUUGGACAAGUGUAUUAAAGUCGUUUUCUAUGUUAUAAAAUACUUAAUUUGAUUGUAUUUUGACAGAAAGAGGAACCAACUUUAAAUGUUUUGCCUUUUCUUUAGAUAAAUAAUAAAGCCUUAAUGGAAUAUUAAUAAAACCAA